AUGGCAGAUCCACAAGCGACGAAUGGUGUCCCACAUGUCUCAACACCAGUGAUAGAAACACCGCUUCUCAUCGUCGGAGCAGGUCCGGCAGGAGCUUCAUUGGCAUGUUUUCUCUCCUAUCCGCCAUACUCGAUGACGGGUAUCAUGAUCUCCGCAGCUUCCACGACAUCGCAAACUCCCCGGGCACACAUCACCAAUCCUGCGGCAUUUGAAUGCUUGAGAGAUAUCGGUCUGGAACAAACAUGUCUGGAUCAAGCGGUGCGAGGCGACUGCAUGCUUCAUACUCGGUGGUGUCACGACAUGACCGGCGAAGAGUAUGCGCGACUCUACUCGUGGGGCAACGACCCCAAACGUCGAGGAGACUAUGAAGGCGCCAGCCCCUGCAACCACGUGGAUCUUCCUCAAACCGUGUUUGAGCCGAUCUUGGUCCAGAGAGCAGCCGCACAGGGAUGGGACAUCAGGUUCCGAACCAGCAUUGUGGAUUUCAAGAAAGAAGACGACGGGAAGAUUCUCAGUCGUGUCCGAGAUGGUUUGACUCAGGCCGAGUACCUGAUUAGAUCAGAUUACCUGUUCGGUUGUGAUGGCGCAAGAAGCCAAGUCCUGCGACAGCUCCAGAUUCCUCUGAUAAAGAAACCCGGCCAAGGGCUGGCACUGAAUGUGCUGGUCAAAGUCGAUUUGAGCGACUUUGUUGAAGCCCGCAAGGGCAACUUGCACUGGGUCUUUCAACCAGACAAAGAAUAUCCCGACUUUGCCUGGUGUGGUUUAAUCAGGAUGGUCAAGCCGUGGAAUGAAUGGAUGUUUAUCCUGUUGCCCAAACCAGGCACGGAGUGGAAAGAACCAACUCACGAGCAAACCCUACAGAGAUGCAAGGAGAUCGUCGGUCGAGAUGACCUGCCUAUAGAGAUCCUCGACGUUUCCAAAUGGUACAUCAACGAAAUCGUCGCCGAGUAUUAUUCCGAUGGGAAUGUCUUCUGUCUCGGCGAUGCAGUACACAGACAUCCCCCAUUCAACGGCCUCGGGUCAAACACCUGCGUACAGGAUGCUUUCAAUCUGGCGUGGAAAAUCAAGCACGUUUCCCAGGGACUGGCAGCCCCCUCCUUGCUCGAAAGCUUCAGCCAGGAGCGCCAGCCUGUGGGGCAGGGUGUGAUCACCCGCGCAAACCAAGGUAUUCGUGACCACGCGCCGGUGUGGAGGGAAAUGGGCUUGAUGGAGGAGACGGUCGAGCAGAGAAUGAAGGUCAUGAACAGUCUCAAGACCGCUUCGCCAGAUGCACGAGCGAGGAGAAAGAGAGUGAGUGCCGCUAUCGAAGGGACUAGCCACGAGUUCCACGCGAUCGGCGUGGAGAUGAACCAAAGGUAUGAGUCGCCUGCGGUUUACCUCAACGACGAGAUCAAGGCCGGCCGGACGCAACCUGAAUGGCCAGAAGAUGCAAUUCUGUACCACAAAGUCACCACUUAUCCGGGCCACAGGCUACCGCAUGCCUGGCUGAACCAAGCGAUGCCCUUGAAAAAUCACACCUCGACCAUCGAUCUUGCGGGACACGGUCGGUUCUGUCUCAUCACUGGCAUCGGCGGCGAAAAGUGGAUUGAGGCAGCCCAGAAGGUGGGAAAAGAGCUCGGUGUCGAAAUACACAGUGAGAGUAUCGGCUGGGGGCAGAAAUGGGUCGAUGUCUAUCGUGAUUGGGAACGAAGGAGAGAAAUCGAGGAAGACGGCUGCGUCCUUGUCCGGCCUGAUCGAUUCGUGGCCUGGCGCUCCAUGGAGCUACGGGACGACUGUGAGGAGAAACUAAGGACAGUCAUGAAGAGUGUUCUCGGAAGGGAGUGA